UGGUGGUGACUGUGCCAUGGUAAAACCCCCGUCCGGCGUUCACGCGCCAUGGACAUCUCCCUCACAUGAUCCAAGACUGACUGUAAGUGGAAGAAAGCCCGCGCUCAAGAAUGGCGACGACGAUUCCUCUUUGCUAAUUUCUUGGCUUUCUAGCAACGAGAAGAUGCCAGGCAGAAAAGCGGUUGACCUGCUAGCCACACGAAUCCGUCUUCUUUCUCAGUGCGAUCGACGCCGGGUACUGAGAGAGAUGCUGGAUUAGUGUUUUUGCCUCCGUUCUUGGCAGCGGAAACGACAUCGAAAUAAUGCAGAGUUUAGUGGAAGAUAAGCGGCUCGACCUCGACGUUCCGCUCCUCUCCGUCCGCCGCCACUCAGUCCCUCCGCCGGUGAAAUCUUCAACAAAACCGCAGGAGCCGGCGAUGAAGCCGCCGACAUCUUCGUGGACAUCCGCCGCUCCAUUUUACAAGUCGGACCUCAAGUCCGGCCCUGUGCGAAACCCCGGAGUCGUCCCUUUUGUCUGGGAGCAGAAGCCAGGCCAACCCAAAACCGGCGGCGCCCCUCGCAAUCGUCUGCCGCCGGUCCCUCUUCUUCCUCCAGGAUGGAUCCCGAGUGAUGCGGAACCCGAUGGGCCUUUCAGUAUCCCCAAUUACAUCGGCGAUGAUAAGCCAAUGGAAGAUACAGCGGUAAUGGCUUUCGAGGAGUUGCUGAAGGUGAAGGAAGAGGAAGAUAAUUUUUCCGAUGCAGUCGAGACGCUAUCCCGCACCGAAUCCUUCUUCAUGAACUGCAGCCUAAGCGGCAUCAGCGGCAUUCCUGAUGCCGCUGUUUCUUCUGGAAGCUUCUCCACGGAUCCGCAGGUUAGGGAUUUGAUGAUGCACCGUUUCCUCCCUGCCGCCCAGGCGAUGGCCACCGGCUCGCCACAGUGUCCUAUGAGGAAGCCGGCGAAGCUAGUUGAGAGGGUCGAGGAUGGUGAAAAUCGGCUUCGUCGGGUACCCCUGCCUUAUCAGCACAGGCCCAACUUUGUUGGUCGAUAUCCUCACGAUGAGUUCGACAGUUCUGACGGUGAUGACAAUGGUGAUUAUUAUGAGGGUUCAGGACAUUUUACCUCGAAGGCAUGCGGGCUUCUGCCUCGGCUCUGCAUGAAGAGCUCCUUUUGUCUCUUAAAUCCGAUGCCUGGUAUGAAAGUUGGAGGCCGGCGGCGUGGCCUUCCACCUUCAACAAGUCGAAAGAUUAGUAGCGCCUUGCACAAUAAUGGGCCGCUUUCUCAGGCUGAGAAUGAACUGUGGGAAGCGGUGUAUAAACACAAGUUGAGAAUGGGGAUUCCUUAUCAAGGGGAGGGUGGGAGCAAGAGCACGAGUAAGUCUAAUCAGCUUGGGCAGUGGAGCGAUUCACAAACACCGGAUGGAUCUUCUUCUUGCUGCCAUUCUGGAGGUAGCCAGGAGGCGUUCGUUGAAAUUCUUAAGAAGGAUACGAAGAAUGGUAAGGGCGAUGGGUCUGAGUCCUUUGAUAAAGACGGUGAAAAAUAUUGGACAAUGAAUUCAAGCCAUGGAAGCCAGCAGGACUCGGGUAUUUUGAGUCCUACAAUGGUGAACUCCGUCCAUCUGGAUUCGGGAGUUCUGCCAGGAAUUCAUCAUUCUAAGUACAGUACUGCUGAUAGUGAGAUGGCUUUUAGGACGCCAAAGGAAAUAAAUAAGUCUACUAACGGGGAUAAUCGGAGAAUGGAAGAGAAUCUUGGGCUAGAAAGACAUAAUGGAUCUGUUCUGCAGCUUCAAUCAUCUGGUGUUCACGAGUCUGAUUUGAUUCUUUGUUCUGGAAGUAAUGCUUCUGUUGAGCUUCUUGAUUGCAGUGACGGUUCACUACUUUUAAAAGUGGAAGAAGAGUCAAAGAUCAAUUCAAAUUUUCACUCCCUUCUCCCCCCUCCCUUGCCGAAAACACCAUCGGAAUCCUGGCUAUCGCGCACCUUGCCUUCUGUAUCAGCAAAGAUUCCAUCUGGGAAGUCAAGUUUCGACAUCCAUAUGCUGCAGAGGAAGCGAGGCUUCCAUUCAUCUUCUACACCUAGGCUGCAAAGUAACGCCAAGCCUUUAGAAUCACAGCAUCCGCAGGUACCAUUUGUUGUUGCAAAGCAGGAAAUCCCUUGCAAGCCUUCCAUAGUGCACCAAAGCCAGAUAACACCAACCGAACACCGUGAAGAUAGCAGCAUUAAAUGUUCGGAACCACAAAAUGACCAAAUACUUAACAUGAAGCCUUCCAAACCACCACGCCGCCAAAUUCGCUUUGCAGAUGUGCUAAUGACACCUUUAUCCCCCCGGUCUGAGGUGUGAAAAUAUGUAGAUAUUCUAUCCUCUAUAACUUCAUUGAUAUUCUCCUGUUUCAAGAUGUUCUCGCCAGAUAUUGGAAGGUAUUGUAGCUCGUUCUUUUAAGCCAACCCGAAUAGAUGGGAUAAGGCUAAUGGUAAUGAUUAUGAUUGUUGCUCAUUUCUUUUUUGUUGUUUUAUAUAUAUUCAUCUUUUGAUGCUUUGAGCAAUGCUAGGCAUCUCGAUGUCUUUUGGUGGUUGUUUGUUACCGUUUGUUUGUGCAAAGAUGUAAUUUCUUUCCUCAAUCUAAAUGUAAUAACAUUGAUGUCAACUGUGAAUUCAAUGUGUAAAUAACUUGUCAUUAAAAAGCAAGUUCUCCUACAAGAGUUUUAAAGUUAAAUGUUUGUUCUAUGCUUAUAGCAAAAGGAUGGUGCUGCAAUUCUUGUGUAAUAUCAUGAAAUUUAAAGAGUA